CCUUCCUGCAUGAGGGCUGGGGCUCACCGUGCCCCUCUGCUCGCCAGGCAGGUCCCUUCCAUCCCUUGCACCAUGGCUGUGAUGCAGCCUCGCAGUUCACACCUCCCUUCCCACUCCUGUGGCGGUGACUGGUGUGGAGCAGGUGCCGGCGUGAGCACAGUGUUAUUGGCAGCACCCACGGGUGCCAUUUCUGGUGUGAUGUUCUCGGCGGAUGCCCUGUCACUUCUGCCUGUUUUUAAAGCAAACCUUUUUAGCUCAUUUCUGUGUGAGUUUCCUGCCUGCCCUUGCCUCUGCCUGUGCUGGUGGGUGGGAAGUGCCUUUCCUGGCAUGUUCAUUUGCCUGGCUCAGCCAAGUGGGGACAAAAGUGGCGGUGGAGGGUUUAAGACCCGUGUGCAUCUUCCUGACGCUGCUGAGAGACUGUGGCAAGGGUGUGCUCAGAGUGGGGCUGAGCUCAUACUCUGUCCCUGCAGCCCUGCAGCAGUGACGGGCCGGGGGGUGCUCUCCUGGGCAGGACGGUGGGUUCUCAGCUCUGUGAGCCCGGCGCUGUGUAGCUCCAGCACCGGCAGCGGGAUCUCUCCAGCUCCUCUCCCUGCGGCGGCUCCGUCCCGACGAGGUGAACGCGACAGGGGCACGGCGGACUGGUGGCAGCGGGAGGACCGGGCGGAGGGGAGCGGAGCCCGGAGGGGGAGCCAAGGCGGGCGCGGCGCCGCCCCCACCGGCAGCGGGCGGGCCCGGAGCGGGCGGUGGCGCGGAGCGGCGGGGAGAGCGGCAGAGCGGGCGGAGAGGAGGCGGUGGGCAGAGCCGGGCCAGUGCCGAGUCAGGCCGGAUGGGCGACACAGCGAGAUCAGGACCCGGGGACCCCCGGGGCGGCUGACCAGGCCCAUGGCGGCGGGCGCGGGCGCCUUCGCGUGGGUCACCUUCCCCUCCAUGCCCACGCGGCGCGUGUACUGCAGCGCCGCGCACCGCGACGGGCAGCUCUUCGUGCUGGGCGGCUGCGGGGGCGGUGGGCGAGCCCUGGGAACGGCCGAGGUGCUCGACCUCCCGGCCCAGCGCUGGACCACGCUCCCACCCCUGCCCACGCCGCGGGCUGGCGCUGCUGCCCUCGCCCUGGGCAAGCAGAUCUUGGUGGUGGGUGGCGUGGAUGCGACGCAGAGCCCUCUCGCCUCCGUUGAGGUCUACCACGUGGAUGAGGGCAAGUGGGAGAAGAAGGCGGCACUGGCUCAGCCCUCCAUGGGCAUCUCAGCUGUGCAGAGAGACGGGGCUGUUUACGCACUGGGGGGAAUGGGUGCGGACACCUCUCCCCAGGCAUUGGUCCGUGUCUAUGAGCCGGCGAAAGACCACUGGCAGCCCCUGCCCUCCAUGCCCACCCCGUGCUAUGGGGCCUCCGCCUUCCUGCAGGGCAACAAGAUCUUCGUCCUGGGGGGCCGGCAGGGCAAGCUGCCCGUCACAGCCUUCGAGGCCUUUGAUCUGGAGACAAGGAGCUGGACACGCUAUCCCAGCGUGCCCAGCCGCCGCGCCUUCGCCGCCUGCGCCAUGGCCGACGGCGUCGUCUUCAGCCUGGGGGGGCUGCAGCAGCCAGGGCCACACAACUUCUAUUCCCGUCCCCACUUCGUCAACACCGUGGAGAUGUUCGAUCCCGCCCAAGGUGCAUGGAGAAAGCCAAACCGCACCAUCCGCAUGAGGGAGAAGAGAGCCGACUUCGUGGCCAGCUGCCUAGGAGGAAGAGUGGUGGCCGUGGGUGGCCUCGGUAAUGCUGGGGGGAACCAGUCCUACCCACUGGACUCAGUGGAAGGGUUCAGCCCCUCACAGAAAAAGUGGGAACCACUUCCCCCCAUGCCCACGGGCCGCUGCUCCUGCUCCAGCUGCCCAGCACCUGGCCUGCUCUUCCUCAUCGGUGGAGUGGCCCAGGGCCCCAGCAGUGCUGUCGAGGCUCUGUGCCUGCGUGAGGCGCCCUGAGUGGGGCCCUGGGAGCCAGCCCCAGCCAAGCACCAAGUGCCUGAAGACGGGGACAGGGUGUGUGAGCACCCAUGCCUGCGAGUGACCUGGCUCCAGGGAACUGCAGUCCCAUGACAUUGGACAUGAGAGCAACUGCAGUUUUGGAAAUCCCUCUUGGCUCCUGUAGUGCUGUGGUGAUGGAACCCAGGGCAAACUCCUGCCUGGUGGGACGGCCAUGACCAGCAGUGUGGAGGGAACGGCGGUGGCGGGACUGUCGCUGGCCUCACUGCCCUGUCCGGCCCCGGCCGUGCCGCGGCGUGUCCGUACCGUGUGUGUAGCAGUGAGUGCUGUGUCGUCGUAGACCCAGUCAAUGUCUCAUGUAGCACAGAGGUGCCCUGUAGCUCAGUGCCUGGGAGGUGACGUAGCACCUUGAAUAAAUGAAACACGUGGAAUUUUA